UCUAAAUUAUCAACGAUUUCUUUGUAACGUUCGCCGGCGACCCACUUCGAACCAACCAUAUGCAGCGACGCCAUACCCACUUCCUACGCCUAACUGAUUGUCACUCACUUGCUCAGUUCCCAUCACUUGUUUUUUUAUUACUUACAUCAUUCAUAUUUACCACCCUCCUCCGUCUGGCUAGGCGCUGUCCCGGUUCGUACCACAAAGCAACCGAAUCGGCCACAGACUGACCCUUUCGAAGGAGACUUUUCCCUUCGGCGGUGUUAGUAUCGAAAGCACGAUUGGACUACUACAGCAAAGCACAGCGCACGAGACCACCUUGGCUUGUGUCACGCAAAAACGGGACCCGCGCUUUGGCCGGUUUGGCCGUUCGUGUUCAUUCGGACCUCAGUAGCACGCGGACUACGGACGGGAAACCAUCGUGUAGGAAGCCAACCAGAACGGAAAGGAUUGUCUCAGUACAAGUGUUUCUUGAAAAUAUAGGCACGCACGGGAACGUGAAAAUAGGUCAAACAGGUGCCUUUGGAAAGUGAUUAAACCUCUCCGCAAGGAAGGUGCAAUGGACUGUUAAGGGAAAGAUUGUUUCGAAAAGUGUGCAUUAUUAAAGCCUUUAAUUACUUUUAAAAAAACACACACAGUACAAAUACACAGCAGAUAAAGUUAAAUGUGCAACACAACGGAUCAAAACGGCGAUGGGAUGCACGUGGAUAUCGAUGUUCCAGAUACGGGUGCCGUGUUCACGCUAGGCAAAUCGUACCUCUACGAUGACACCAUUAAGGAGCAAACAACGCCCCAGCACGAUGGCAUCCCUCACAGCCCGCACGGCCAGCGGCCCAAAACCCCCAACGGCAAGGAUGUACCAACGCGACAGCAGAGUUACUUUUUCGUCAAAAACGAUCCGAUCGUGAAAAUUGUCUGUGGCAGCAAGCAAAGUGGCGUGAUAUGUGAAUCUGGACGACUGUUCGUGUGGGGCCACAGUGGACACGGUCAGCUUGGGCUGGGCAAAACGGAAACCGUCCAUAAACCCUCCUGCGUGCGUACGAUCAAGCGUCUCAAGGACCGUGUCCAGUCGUUUUGCUUUGGCGGGAAUGGAUUCUGCGUCAUUCUCACCGCAUCCGGUAAGGUGUUUUACAGUGGGAAAAAUGUGUUCCCCUUCAAUGCAAAGGUAGCCUCACUGCUCGAUGCGACCACACUGCACAAAAAUCCCACCGAUAACAGUGAAUACACACCGUACCCGGUGGAGUUGCACGAGUUCAGCCACUGUCUGGAGCAAUCACCCGAUGAUGAGUCCUUCAGCCACGUGGUAGCCGGCUUUAAUCACUUCGUACUGCUCACUACCGGUGGCAAUUGCUUCGGCUGGGGCUACAACAGUCACCAGCAGCUCGGUGGAGUGGAUUCGCUCCGCAUACUGACCCACCCGGAACGGAUCGCACUGGACGAACCGGUAGCGCACGUGCUUUGCGGCAACUACUGCACGCUGUUCGUGACCGAAGCGAACACGCUCUAUCUCGUAGGAAAGUUUCAAAAGAUCACACUCCCCGUGUUGAAGCCGCUGGAAAGCUGUACCCUCCCGGACAGGGUAACCGGUGGGGAGAUUACCGGUUGGGACUGUGUCUACCUGCUGCUGGCGACGGGCCAGGUGUAUCGUUCGAAUCGCGUAAAAGCGGUGGAAGAUUUACGCUUCGAACCGUUCGACCACCUAGCGGGACUGCUGGCGGACGACGAGUACGUCACAAAGAUAGCGUCCGCACACGAUUGCGUUUCGUUCGUCACCAGCAGCGGACGGUUGCUGACGACGUACGAUGACGACAGUCCCUUCACAGCAUCGGAUCACUUCAAGGAGCUGUCCAAAUUCCGCCACUUUAACGUCACCGACAUUGCGAGCGGUGCGGAGCAUUCGCUCGUACUAGCCUACCCAGCCGCUGAGCGGUUGGAUGUGACGCACGCCCUGGAGCUGCUGCGUAACGCCACCCCGCUACCGACCGAGCUGCAGCGCGAUGCACAGCAGGCGGCAGAGUUUCUGCGCAACGAAAAGCGCCGGCUGCGGCGGGAGCACGUCGAGCGGGAAAUUUCCAAGGAUGAGUCGAUCGCGAUCGAAACCACCGACCGGGGCGAGGCGGACGUACGGUUCAUCGACAACGGGGUAAGCAUAGCGCCGGUCACACCCAACGGGAAGCAGCACAAGCGACGCCACCAUCAUCACCAUCAGCUGAAGCCGGCCGAUGCAGUCGAUGCGGACGAUGAGGCGGAUCGGUUCUCCGCCCACCGGGAUGUGGUGCCGAGGAAAACGCAUACACCCAACAUUAGUCAGCUGAUCGAUUACAGUGAUGAUGAUAAUGAUAGCAUCUCGUCGCAGUCCACCUUUCACGAUGAGGAGGAAGAAAAUGGUGAAAAUGGAAGCCGCACGGGCAAGCAGGCGUUGGAGGGCUACAAAAACGGUGUCGGCCACAGCGAUAGCAACAAUAACGCAAGGAAUGAGGACGUGCGCAAGCUGAGCCUCGGCAGCAAGCUGAACGGUAGCUUGGGCAGCACCAAAUCCAGCGACCGGAUGCGCAAGUUCUUCAAGGAGCUGAAAUCGAAAAGCAUGGACGUGUCGUGCAAAAACCCGGGCGUCGUGCUGGAUGAUGACGUAAAGUACUCCAAGAACGACCAGAUUAUCCAGGCGGAGGAUAGAGCGUCCAAGGUGUGCACACUGAUGUGAAUUUGCUGCUCACUGCUAUUGUUUCCUGAAUACUGAACACU